AUGGCGGAGGAGGCGAGCCUGCUGGCCUGGCUGUUCCGGGGGGCGCCGGCGCCGUCGGGGGACGCGGAGCUGCCGGCCUACCUGGCGGAGCUGUCGGGGCUGGGCCUGGAGGCGCUGCGGAGGGAGCCCGGGCGGCUGGCGGAGGAGCGGGCGCAGCUCGGGGCGCAGACGCGGGCCUUGGCCUUCGCGCACUACAAGACCUUCAUCCGCUCCGCAGAGUGCACCGCCGGGACCCGCCGAGGCUUCGCCGGCAUCGAGGAGGGCCUCGACCGGCUCCGCGGACGCCUCGCGCCCUUCGCAGAGACCUGCCGCACCUUCUCCCGCGAAGCCGAGCACAUCGCCCAGAGCCGCCACAUGAACAGCCUCACCCUCAACCGCCACACCGAGAUCCUGGAGGUGCUGGAGAUCCCGCAGCUGAUGGACACCUGCGUGCGGAACAGCUACCACGAGGAGGCCCUGGGGCUGGUGGCCUACGUCCGCCGUCUGGAGAAGAAGCAUGCUGACAUCCCUGUCAUCCAGGGCAUAGUGGCAGAGGUGCGCCAGUCAACACAGCUCAUGCUGACCCAGCUGAUCCAGCAGCUGCGCACUAACAUCCAGCUGCCAGCCUGCUUGCGGCUCAUUGGUUACUUGCGCUGCAUGGAUGUUUUCACAGAGGCUGAGUUGCGCAUCACCUUCCUGCAGUCCCGGGACAUCUGGCUGCGCUCCAUCCUCGCUGCGAUCCCCGACGACAGCCCCUAUGUGCACAUCACCAAGACCAUUGAGGCAUGCCGCGUCCACCUCUUCGACAUCAUCACGCAGUACCGGGCCAUUUUUGCCGACGAGGAGCCCCUCGUGCCUCCCUCUGGGCAGGAGGCCCUCAACGAAAGCGCCAUCUUCCACGGGUGGGUUUUGCAGAAGGUCUCUCAGUUCCUGCAGGUCCUCGAGCAGGACUUGCAGCGUGGAGUGGGUGGUCGGCUGGAUUCCCUCCUGGGCCAGUGCAUGUACUUUGGCCUUUCCUUCAGUCGUGUGGGGGCAGACUUCCGGGGUCAGCUGGCCCCCAUUUUCCAGCAAGCGGCACUGCAGACCUUUCAGAAAGCUGUGCAGGAGGCUGUGAACAAAUUCCAGGAAGAAAUGAACUCCUACACACUGAUCUCUGCGCCUGCCGCCUUGGGCAGCACAAUCCCUGUGGCAAUGCCAACUGCCCAGCCAGCUACGCUGCAACCCCCCAUGGUGCUUCUGGACUUCCCCCCCCUCGCCUGCUUCCUCAACAACAUCCUUGUGGCCUUCAACGACCUGCGUCUCUGCUGCCCAGUGGCUCUGGCUCAAGAGGUGGCAGCAGCCAUGGAGGAUGCACUACGCCAGGCAACCAAAAUCAUCCUGGCUUUCCACCGGGCAGAGGAGAUGGCUUUCAGCAGUCGAGAGCAGGAAUUGUUUGCUCAGCUCUGCAUGACUUUUCUAGAAGAUUUGGUGCCCUAUCUCAACCGGUGCCUCCAGCUGCUCUUUCCACCAGCCCAGAUUGCACAGACCCUGGGUGUUCCCCCUACUCAGUUGCAGAAAUAUGGGAACUUUGGCUGUGUGAAUGAGCACAUCAUUCAGGAGCUCCUGGCCCCAAUCUUGCCUGACAAAGAGACAGUCUGCCUCCUAGACAAGGAGAAAGGGCUGCCUCAAGAAAGCCCGGCGUCUCCACUGGUCUUAGAGCUUCCUGCAUUGGCACAGGAAGCCUCACACAGCUCCCCAGUUCCUGUUUCAGAAACAGAAGACAGCGGCCAAGACUCUCGGGAUGACGAGGAAGUCACAAUCCCUCCUGCCCCGGAAUACGGGGGCAUGGCGGGGCCGGGGCGGGCGCUGCUGCUGGGGGGCGCCGUGGCGGCCUCGUGGCGGUGCCGUCGGGGGGCGUCGCGGUGCUCGGCGCAGCCGGAGAAGCAGCGGAGCUACUGGCAGUACUUGCGGCGGCUGGUGGUGCCGGGGCCGGCGGCGGGGGCGGCGCAGCGGCGGGUGUGCCAGGUGGGCGACCCGGUGCUGCGCGGGGUGGCGGCGCCGGUGGCGUCGGGGCGGGUGCGCAGCGCGGAGGUGCAGGCGCUGAUCGCGGCGCUGGUGCGGCGGCUGCGGCGCGAGGGCUGCGUGGGGCUGAGCGCGCCGCAGCUGGGCGUGCCGCUGCAGGUCUUCGUGGCCGAGCUGCCCGAGCGCCUCUGGCUGCAGACCCCGGCCGCCGAGCGCCAGCGCCGCCUCAUGCAGCCCUUCCCGCUGCGCGUCUUCGUCAACCCGGCCCUCCGCGUCCUCGACGCCCGCCUGCUCGCCUUCCCCGAGGGCUGCUGCAGCCUCCGCGGCUUCUCCGCCUACGUGCCCCGCUACCGGGCCGUCCACGUCGCAGGCCUGAAUGAAGCCGGCGAGGAGACAGCCUGGGAGGCGACUGGCUGGGCCGCCCGCAUCGUGCAACACGAGAUGGACCACCUGCAGGGCAUCCUGUACAUCGACAAGAUGGACAGCAGGAGUUUCACCAACGUGCACUGGGAGGAGCUGAAGGAGUGACGGGCAGGCAGGGAGGGGGGUGCUUUGCCUCCAGCUGCUGCAAGAGGGUGAGCCCACCAAGCCCUGAAACCUUUGCACAGGGCCUCAGCAAAGUGGCAGUGACUUCUUGCAGGGGAGCCACAGACAGAUUGCAGCGUGGCAGCAGUUGGUCUUAGCUGUUCUGUGGUUGCUGGCAGGCUCUGGUUGCCUGGGGGGAGGCUGAAACCUGCAGGAGUUAGACCCAGGCUGCUCCGCAUGCACCCCCUGCCCUCUCCACCACCUCUGCAGAGUCUUGCAUUACAAGCACCUCGUAAGGAACGAAGCAUCAGGAGAAGGCGUGAGGUUUUGAAACCAGGAGGAGGAGGAGGAGGAGGAGGGCCUGUGCAUUUGGUGGGUUCUGUCCUAGUUAAGCAGUAAGCUGAAUAUACAAAAAAAACCCCAAACCA